AAUGAUAUUCUAUGAUAACUGAAGUUUUCGCACUAUGAAUGAAAUAAGUGAGGUUAGAGCGGGUUCAUUGACCUAUUUUUACAAAAUUUUGAAUGAUUUUUGUUAAGAUGUGCACAUGCGUACAUUUUUACUCACCCUUGCCUCAUUUACUCGUAAUAAACUUAAAAAUGAAUUUCUUUUUCUUUCUAUUCAACAUUUCAGGCUUACUCCCUAUAAAAAUAAAAACCAUAAUUAUCGUUAUUAGUGUAAAAAAAAUUCUAAUUUGCGUUUAUAAUACGUUUAUUAACGUCUCCAGUAGAAGUCGUUUAUGGCUAUCUAUAAAAGCACACUGUAAGGGGGCAAAUUAGACUUUUUUUUUACUAUUAUUUCAUGCUGUUUCAAGAAAAUUUGACAAAAAAUGGAUUUGAUGUUUUAUUGUGUCAAAAACCACAAUCCGGUGUUGCUUGAUUAAUUUACUGGUACCUAUUUAAUUGCUUAAAUUAAAUAAAAAAAUACUCCUAACAAAUGGAACACUUUCUUAGAAAUAUAAAUCCGACAAUUUUAAUUUUGUUUUGAAUCAACAGCUUAAGCCUGCUGUGUUAUAAUUUUUUUUAUCUAAAGAGUAAUUUUUAUAAGCUUAGCAUUUUGUUCAUAUUGACUCUUGGUCUUUAGAAUCACAAGAUUUUUUAUGUUACUAAGCUAGUUUUGUGCAAAAAAAAAAGUGCAUGUUCACUCGAUUAGCAUCUACAAAACGCUGAAUCAUGUUGUUUAUCCAACUUUUUAGAUACAUCUUAUUAAAAUUCGUUAUUAAAAUGCGUGCGAAAACCAGUUAAAUAGCGAAGGGUUUGCGCUUUCAAUAGAACAAGUUUGCAAAUAAACCAGUCGCACACAAUCAACUCAUUGUAGGGUUGCUGUAAAGCAGUCGCUGAUUUCAGUUUUUGAGCACGCUUCGUACGAUCGAUUCAUUUCUAUGUAUCUCUAAACGAAAUUAAAAUAACGAAAAUGUCUGGUAAGCCUCUUUUAUAUUCAUAUUGGCGAAGUUCGUGCUCGUGGAGAGUUCGAAUAGCUCUAAAUUUAAAAGAAAUUCCCUACGACAUCAAACCCGUAUCUCUCAUCAAAACCGGGGGUGAGCAACAUACAAAUGAGUUCAGAGAAAUCAACCCCAUGGAACAAGUGCCUGCUCUUCACAUCGAUGGUGUCACUUUGGUGGAAUCCUUAAGCAUAUUAGCUUAUUUAGAAGAAACGAGGCCCCAAAGGCCAUUGCUGCCACACGACGUGGUCAAACGUGCAAAGGUCCGUGAAAUUUGCGAAGUAAUUGCCUCAGGAAUCCAGCCUUUGCAAAAUCUCGUCGUUCUUAUUCACGUCGGGGAAGAAAAAAAGAACGAAUGGGCUCAACACUGGAUUAAUCGGGGGUUCAGAGCUGUGGAAAAGUUACUUUCGGCCAGUGCGGGGAAAUACUGCGUCGGGGAUGAAAUCACUCAGGCGGAUUGUUGUUUAAUACCACAAGUUUUCAACGCGAGAAGGUUUCACGUGGACCUACGACCGUUUCCAAUUAUUUUAAGGAUUGAUAGGGAAUUGGAAAACCAUCCGGCGUUCCGAGCGGCUCAUCCGAGUAAUCAACCAGACUGUCCUCCUGAAAUUGCUAAUACAAAUUGUUUCAGCCCUGAUCCUUACGUUUGAUUUGAUUUUGGUAGGUUUUAUGCAUUUGUUGGCGUUUGUAAAAAUUCUAGAUUUGAUAUUUUUUAAUGCUUUUUAAUAAAUGUGUUUUGCAAAAUAA